AUGGCGUCCCGUAUCCUGCCCCGCGCGCUGAACCAGACCCGUGGCUACGCUUCGCAGGCCGCUGUGCGCCCUCCGAUCCAGCUGGACGGCAUUCCGGGCAAGUACGCUUCGGCGGCGUACGUCUCGGCCCUGAAGAAGGGCGAGAAGACCCUCACCAAGGUCGAGUCGGAGCUCAAGGCGUUCCACGACGCGCUCAAGGGCGACUCGGCGGAGGCGACCAAGCUCCGUACCUUCCUUACCAACCCCACGAUCUCCACCGAGAACCGCGAGAAGGUCCUCUCGGCGAUCGGCGGUAAGAGCGGCACCGACGAGAUCACUCGCAACCUCCUCGAGACCCUCUCGGAGAACGGCCGCCUCAGUCUCACCGAAAAGGUGAUUGGCGGCUUCCUCGAGCUCACCGGCGCCCACCGCGGUGAGGUCAAGAUCGUCAUCACCUCGGCCAAGCCCCUCGACAAGUCCUUCGCCUCGCGCCUCGAGUCGACUCUUAAGUCGUCCAAGUACGCGACCACCGAGGGCGCCAAGACCACCACCUUUGAGUUCAAGGUGAACCCCGCUCUCCAGGGCGGUCUCACUGUCGACCUCGGCGACCGCACCAUCGACCUCAGCGUCGCGAGCCGCGUCAACAAGUUCAACGCGCUCCUUCACGAGGACGCGGAUCCUGACGUUGCCCCUCCACCGCACUCGAUGGAUACGUGGCAGGCGUACAAGGCCGAGAAGGAGGCGUGGGUCGCCGGCCAGGUCGGCUCGUCGGUCCUGCGCAUCAAUACAGUGUGCGCAACGUCGCUCGCAUCCUACGUGCUGUGGGCUGUCACCAAGCAGUAUCCCUUGUCGCAGCAACACCCGAUCGCGCUCGACUUUUUCACGCUUAUUGUGCCGCUCAGCCUGGCGUGCACGCUGCUUGCAGAAUACACGGCUGAGCUGCUCGGCGGCCUUGCUGUGCUCAUCGUUGGCCUCUACAUUCUUAGGCCAAGCUUGGAUGUGCCAGAGAUCACUGCCGACGCGCCAGAAGACGUCUAUGCAGAAGACGCACUGGCCGACGAAACCGACUCGCCUCAGUUGUCUGCAGGCGACGUUGACGUGUCCGAGCACUUGGGGCAGGCGCUGUUGAACCUGGACUCGCUCACGCCGCUGAGCGCCUCGCCGGUGCUUGGCACGACAGAGCUGCCCGAGCCGGAAGUCGGCGCAGCGUCACUGGAUGAACCGCCUGUGCAAGAAACGAGCGUGCCGGCGCGCUCGCCGGUUCUCACCGUGUACCGUACCUACCUGAUGGUGCUUACGGUGCUGUGUAUCCUUGCUGUCGAUUUUCCCGUGUUUCCGCGUGCGUUUGCCAAGUGCGAGUCGUGGGGAACGAGUCUUAUGGACCUUGGGGUCGGCUCGUUUGUCGUCUCGCAUGGCAUCGUGUCGCUGCGGACGCAGCGCCGUCUCGACCUGCGCCGCACGGCGCGACGCACGCUUCCUCUCCUAGCGCUGGGCCUCGUGCGCGUCGCGCUGGUCAAGCGCACCGAGUAUCCGGAGCAUGUGAGCGAGUACGGCGUGCACUGGAACUUUUUCCUCACGCUUGGCGUCAUGAUCCCUGCCCUUGAUGUGAUCCAGGCUAAGGCGGACGUGCCGUUUGCAUUGGCGGGCGUUGGCCUAUGUGUCGUGCACGAGGCGUUCUUGUCGUAUACCCCCCUCGGGGCUUGGGCGCUGUCCGAGCACCGUGUGCCCACUAGCCUCUUGUCGCUGAACAAGGAAGGCAUUGCGAGUCUGCCAGGUUACGUCGCCCUCGCCCUGUGUGGCCUGGACCUCGGCACCUUCGUGCGCGGCACAAGCUCGAACAAGCGCCGUGCGUUGCUCGUGCGUACAGUCGCGUACUGGGCACUCUAUACCGCCACAACGCAGCUCGGCCUUGUCGCAAGCCGCCGCCUGGCAAACCUUCCCUACAUGCUGUGGAAUGCAGCAUUCAACGCUCUUUUCCUCUUUGGCUUUACCGCACUACACGAUACGUUCCAGCAUCUGCAGCUCGGCAGUGCCGAUGACGUCCCCCUCCUCUUCCAGCAGAUCAAUGACCACUCGCUCUGGAUUUUCCUGCUGGCAAACAUCACAACCGGACUCGUGAACCUCACUAUCCCUACGAUGCGCUGCGGCACGCUCGUCGCAAUGCUCGUCCUCGGCGCAUACACGGCGCUGAUGCUGGGCGCGGCGCCCAUCCUUCCCCUCAUGCUCGCCGCCCGGUCGCUGAUCCGCGCGCCGCUCAGGAUGCCGCAGUAUAUUACGCGCAUGGACCUGUUGCGUUCCUACGCAACGGAUGCCGACUCGAUCCUUGAUCGUAUCACGAAUCAGCCCGGCGCUGGCGCAUCCGUGCAGGACAAGCGCCGCUCGAAGCUCGACCAGUACAAUGCCAAGCUCGCUGCCAAGGCCCAGGAGCAGGGCGUAGGCAGCGUUGAGGAGCUCGCACAGAAGCGCCGUGAGGAGGAGCAGGCACGUGUGAAGCAGGAGCGCGAGGCGCGCGCGCGCGCGUACGCCGACCAGGUCGCAGCCGAGACCGCCGCCAAGGAGGGCUCGGUGGAAGAGCGCGACGCUGCGAUGCGUGAGCGCCUCCAGAUCCGCCGCCGCCAGGAGGAGGAAAAGAAGCUGAACAGCGACGACCCGGGCAUGUCGGGAAGCCCCGUGAAGCCUUUGUCCUCUUUCCUAAACAUUGAAAAGAUCCAGAGCGAGUCGCCGGACGCAGUGGCAAAGCUCUGGACCGCCUACCACACGAUGCGCGACAAGCUCUCGGCUGCGGUCCCCGCGCCAACAUACCAGAGCAUGGUCGAAACGGGUCGCCGCUAUCCCCAGUUUGUGCUGCCCCUGCCCAAGACCGAGACGACGUCCGAGGGCAAGGAAGAGACCGCGUUUGAGAUGUUCUUUAUGCAGUGGGCGCUGCUUCCCCAUCCCCCCGGCGUGCCUAAGACGACACCGCCCCCGUCGGCGGUCCUCUUUACGUCGCUGGCCGAGUACAAACUGCGCCAGGAGUAUGCCCAGCCUGCGCUGGUCCUCACGAGCUACACGGACCUGAUCGACUCCAAGGACCUGGCCCUGAUGCGUGGCGACAUCACCGAGGGCCAGGGCACCGAUACCGAGCCCGGCAAGCCGGUCAUCUCCCAAAAGGAAGCGCAGCUUCUUGCCCUGUGCAUGCAGCGUUUCUACAACAUCGACUGGACGUCCGAAUCGGACGCCGAAGGCGAGCGCCUCAAGGUGCUCCUGCGCACCUUCCACGAGCAGCCCGAGUCAUUCAAGCUCGAGCAGCUGCUCGACGCGGCAUUCAAGAUCUGA